AUGGCCGAGGGGGCGGCCCCGGGGGGACCUGGCGAUCCUGCUUCCCAACGUUUCCUCUAUGAGGUGCCGGCCUGGGUCAUGUGUCGCUUCUACCAAGUGAUGGAUUCCUUGGAGUCGGCCGACUGGCACAAGUUCGCAUCCCUCAUCGUUCAGGACCAGACAGAGCUUCGGCUGGGAGAGCGUUUUCACGACCGGACGGCCAGGAUCAUGUGGUCUUGGAUUAACCGAAAUGCCCGAGUUGCUGACCUCCUCCAUAUCCUCACUAGCCUCCAACUGCUUCGGGCCCGGGACAUCAUUGCCGGCUGGGACCCCAAACCCCCACCAUUGCCCGCUGCUGCCCCCUCUACCUGCACCCCCACCCCUCCAUGGCCCCCUCCUCACUCAAAGCCUCAAAGUGGCCCAAAGGAGGAGGAAGCCAGGCCUCGAGAGGCAUGCCAGUCUUUCUCCACUUUCCCCUCCCCAGGUUUCCCCUCAGACUCCUGGCCCUCCCCCUGCCCUCCCCCGAGCCCUGCACCCCAAAGGGCCGCUGGGCCACUCAGCUCUAACACCUCCUCUUCUUCCACAAAGCAAGGAGAAGAGAACAAAAUCUCCCCAGUGGAGUAUGCCAGCCCAUCCCCCUUCCGCUGGCCCCUCCUUGAGAUCACCCAGGCCACCCGCAACUUCUCUGAGGAGCUAAAGAUCGGCGAGGGAGGCUUUGGCUGCGUGUACCGGGCGGUCAUGAGAAACACUUCCUAUGCUGUGAAAAAGCUCAAGGAGGACGCAGAGCUGGAAUGGAACACCAUUAAGACAAGCUUCGGCACCGAAGUGGAGAAGUUGUCUCGGUUCCGCCACCCAAACAUCGUGGAUUUUGCUGGUUACUGCAUCCAAGACAACAUCUAUUGCCUGGUCUAUGUUUUCCUCCCCAACGGCUCCCUGGAGGACCAGCUCCACUCUCAGAACCAGAAUCCUUCCCUCCUCUCCUGGGCUCAGAGAGUAGAUAUCUUGCUUGGCACAGCACGAGCCAUCCAGUUCCUACAUCAGGACAACCCUAGUCUCAUUCAUGGAGAUGUCAAAAGCUCUAACAUCCUCCUCGAUGAGAAGUUAGUGCCCAAACUUGGAGACUUUGGCCUGGCCCGCUUCAGCCGCUACUCGGGGGCUGCCUCCGGUAAGAGCAGCUCCCUGGCCCGAACUCAGACUGUUCGGGGCACCCUGGCCUACCUGCCUGAGGAAUAUGUCAAGACAGGAAAGCUGACGGUGGAAAUCGACACCUUUAGUUUUGGCGUGGUGCUGUUGGAAAUCUUGACUGGGUGUCGAGCCAUCGAGACAGACGGGGCUAGAACCAAAUACCUGAAAGAUUUGGUUGAGGAAGAAGAAGAAACUCUGACCUCCUGCAAAGGGAUGGCAACAGGUGCCGGAGUGGACUUGGAGGCCCGGGCUGCCCAGAUCGGCUCGCAGCUUUAUGCAAAGUACACAGACUCCAGGCCUGGAAAGUGCCCCCCAGAGCUGGGCCAGGAGCUAGGACGGCUGGCAUGUCGCUGCCUGCACCGCCGGGGCAAGAGGAGGCCUCCCAUGACCAAGGUAUAUGAAAGUCUAGAGAAGCUCCAGGCCUCAGUGGGGCCGUCUGAGCGAGAAGUUGGCAGCAGGGGCCCGGCCUCACCUCAGGAGGACUCUUACAUGUUUACCCCUAACCCAGCACCCGAUGGUGGAACACCUUUGCUGCACUCCCAGGCCAGGGCAUGGCACCGGCAGCCCCCUCACAUGUCUCUCGGGUCCCGUGCUCAGGACUCCAAGCAGCUCUGGAAUCACCCCAACCAGCCCGUGGAAAGUGACGAGAGCACGCCGGGCCUCUGCGAUGUUCUCAAUUCCUGGAAUUUGAACCAAGACUCACCCUCAGUGCCAAGCUUGCCUGGUGGCCCAGGGGAGAGACCAGAAGCUCAGGCCCUGUGUUCUCUUAGGCAGACUUCCUGUCGACCUGAGGCAGCAGCUUCAGGAGAGAGCUGGGGGAGUCGGACCAAGACAGGCAGCUUGGGACAUGCACAGAACAGCUCUGAAGAGAGCGACACCUCCGAAAGGCCUCAGAUCAUCAUUAACCCUGUUCGCCAGAGGUUUGUCCAGAAACUGGCCCUAUAUGAAAAUGGAGUGCUCAACAGCCUGGAACUCCUUUCCUCCAGCUCCUCCCCAGGUUUGGGGCUGGACGGAGGAAACAAGCAGGGGCCUGAGGAGAGUGAUGAAUAUCAGAGCUGAUUUGUUCAUGUGGACAGAUACCCAGAAAUGGAAAUCAAAGUUCUCAAUGGUUGGACAUUCUCAAAGUACAAGAACACUCAUCUCUGAGUCAGGGGCAGAGAUCAGAAAUCAGAGCGAGCACCCUGGGGGAGGAGGCCUGAGUCAGAACAGGUCCAAAUGCCUUUCUGUCAGGCUCAGCUGUGGCACUGGCCCAAGGGUGUUUACUCUCUCCCAUGGGGCUCUAAGUUUUGUGUCAGACCAGCCCCUAAGGAGAAGACCCUUGCCUGCCUCUAGGGUGUUAGGCCAUGUCUGUUUCAGGGCAUUCCCAGAUUGUAGAGAAGCCUGAAUUGUCUCCUAAGUGGGCUUCCCAUUAGCAGCUGGGUGGGAGGAGAGAAAAACCAAGACAGCUCACCUGGCUCUGAUAGUUCAUGCCUCCUAGGGCCAGACAGGGACACCUUCCACACUUCCUUGGCAAGAUUUAACCCAAAAAUCAGAAGCCUGCUGGCCUUGCCUUGUGGACCCUUUCCUAAAGAAGCGGGCUUGGGAGGCAGCUGAGUAAUGGUACGCUCCCACUCGGAGCCCCCCCCCCCAACACACACACACACACACACACACACACACA